CAGCGGCUGACGAGUCACGUGAGGAGCACAGUGCAGAGCAGACAACAUGGCGGCCACAGCGCAGCUGUCUUUCUCCAUGGGCAAUGAGACCCUCCAGGUGCCGAUGGCUGUCUUCUCCCUGAAUCGCAGGAGAUUGUGUCAACGUCUGAAGGAUAACGUCAAUGUACCCAAGAACGGAAUCGUGUUGCUGCAGGGAGGAGAGCAGAGCCAGCGAUACUGCACUGACACGGAUAACGUCUUCCGCCAGGAAUCCUUCUUCCACUGGACGUUCGGAGUCACUGAGGCCAACAUCUAUGGUGCCAUUGAGGUGGCUUCCGGCAAAACCCACCUCUUCAUCCCCAAGCUCCCAGAGAACUACGCUGUCUGGAUGGGAACGAUUCACCCCCCCAAUUUCUUCAAAGACAAGUAUGGUGUGGACAAGGUUCACUACACGUGUGAUAUAGCCCAAGUUCUGAAGAGUUUGAAGCCAAAUUUCCUCCUCACACUGCACGGCUUGAACACAGACAGUGGGCACACCACCCGCGAAGCCGCCUUUGAUGGAAUCAGUGAAUUCAGUGUCAACAACACUGUGCUUUACCCUGACAUGGUAGAAUGCCGUGUCAUCAAGACGGACUUGGAAAUGGAGAUCCUGCGCUACACCAACCGCAUCUCCAGCGAGGCUCACAAGGAGGUGAUGAAAGCCGUGCGAGUCGGCAUGAAGGAGUACGAGCUGGAAAGCCUGUUCGAGCACUAUUGCUACAAGCGUGGAGGGAUGCGUCACACCUCCUACACCUGUAUCUGCGGCAGUGGGAUCAACUCUGCGGUGUUGCAUUACGGACAUGCCAGCGCUCCAAAUGACAAGACCAUUUUGGAUGGAGACCUGUGCCUGUUUGACAUGGGCGGGGAGUAUUAUUGCUACGGCUCUGACAUCACCUGCACAUUUCCCGCUAACGGCCAGUUCACCGCUGACCAGCGUGCCAUCUACGAGGCGGUGCUGAGGUCAUCGCGCGCUGUGAUGCAAGCCGUGCGCCCUGGGGUGGCCUGGCCUGACAUGCAUCGCCUGGCUGACAGAGUUCAUCUGGAGGAGCUGACAAAGAUUGGUAUCCUGCAGGGCAGUGUGGAGAACAUGAUGAAAGUUCACCUGGGCGCAGUGUUCAUGCCCCAUGGCCUGGGCCACUUCUUGGGAUGUGAUGUUCACGAUGUGGGCGGAUACCCUGAGGGUGUGGAUCGCAUUGAGGAGCCGGGGCUGCGGAGCCUGCGUACAGCCCGGGUCCUGCUAGAGGGGAUGGUGCUGACCAUAGAGCCUGGCAUCUACUUCAUCCAACACUUACUGGACCCGGCGCUGGCUGACCCCGCCCAGGCCUGCUUCAUCAACGCAGACAUCCUCGGCCGCUUCAGAGGCUUCGGCGGGGUGCGAAUUGAGGAUGACAUCGCAGUGACCACCAAUGGCAUGGAGCUGCUGACCUGUGUCCCGCGGAGCGUGGAGGAGGUGGAGGCGCUGAUGGCAGAGGGCGCUGGCUCAGCCAAAUCCUUUGAACCCUUGGACAGUCAGUAGUUCCCAGGCCGACAAGUGCCUGAGCACGUUACCUGACUGUGCUGUCACAAUGUCAUGUCCGUCCAUGAUUCAAAGCAUGGAAUUCAAAUCAAGCUUCACGCUUGUGUGUGUGUGUGAGGCUCACACGUGUUAAUCUAUCAAAUUGAUGAUAUUAACAUUAAUGAUAUAAAAUCCAAGAGAACGAAUCAAACAACACAAGGAUACUGAGCUCCAAGACCCUCACUGGUGAGAAAGGUGUGAAUUCACACUGAGAUUUGGGGGAGAGGCAGUACAUGGAGAGGGAUAGCCAGGCCUGCACGCCCAGUGCUAGCCCCCCCCGUCCCCCCCACACCCCGGGGGGCCAGGAAACACGAGGAUCAGCUAAAAGCAGCUUCCCAAUUUCAGCUCCUGGGCCCAACUACCUCAUCUGCCUCGCUUUCCCACCACAAGAAAUAUUUCCACAAAUUAUGUUGCAAGAAUCUAUUUUUAAAAUCACAUAAAUUCUCUUUUGUAUCUGCUUCAUCUAAUAAAACCUGACUAUCUGCAA